GGAAACGCAUGUAUGUAUUUGUAGAGGGCAUAGGAGUUUUUGCGAUCUUCGGACGUCAACCAUGAUGGCAGCCACGAUGCUGCUGGCACUGGCCAUGCUUCAAGACGCAUCCGUUGCCACGGAUGCGCAAAUGCCACGAAUUUGCGAUCGAGCGCCGCAGAAGUCGUUUCCAUUUUGCAACCCGUCGCUUUCGAUUGAUGCGCGUGUGGAUGAUCUCGUGGCACGCAUUCCAGAUUCCGCCGUCCCGGGCCUCUUGGGUGACAACGCCACCGCCGUGUCCACCCCUGAUGGCCUUGGUACGUGUUCACCUUCUACUUCCAUAUUCUGAUCCGAUCAUGUCACGCAGAUUUGCCGGCGUAUGGAUGGUGGAACGAAGGCCUUCAUGGCGUAGGAGUCUCUGCGUCCGUGCGCUUCAUUGCUCCAACUCCCAUUGCCACGAGUUUCCCCCAAAUCCUCAACUUGGCUUCAUCGUUCAAUCGCCAACUUUUUGCCGACGUUGGCGCCGCGAUCGCCACCGAAGCCAGGUCUGUCCCUGUUCGUCCAUCAUUUCCAUCUUACACAAUCGACUAGAGCAUUCCACAGUGUCGGCCAUGGCGGGUUGACGUAUUGGGCGCCCAACAUCAACCUCUUUCGCGACCCUCGAUGGGGACGCGGCCAGGAAACCCCCGGCGAAGACCCGCAUCUGACGUCUGCCUUCGCCGUCGCAUUUGUCCGCGGCAUGCAGCAAGGCCCAUCGUCAUCGCCGUUUAUACAUGUGUCUGCAUGUUGCAAACAUUUCUCCGCGUACUCGCAGGAAGUGCCACGUCACUCGUUGGAUGCCAACGUGACCGCACAAGAUCUCGCGGAUACGUACUUGGUCGCCUUUGAAGCGUGCGUGACCCAAGGCCAUGUGUCGUGCAUCAUGUGCAGCUACAACGCUGUCAACGGCGUGCCAUCCUGCGCCGACUCCCACUUCCUCACCCACGUCGUUCGACACACUUGGAAGUUUGACGGGUACAUUGUCUCCGACUGUGGUGCCGUCUAUGACGUCCUGUGGCACCAUCGAUACACGCAUACCGCUGCGGAAACUUGCGCGGCCACGCUUGAAGCAGGGAUGGACAUCAACUGCGGCGACUUUGUUCAAUUGAACCUCCCUGCUGCCUUGCCCACGGUGUCCAAAUCGGCGUGGACGCGAGCGUUGAAGAUGCUCUUUCGAACGCAAAUGCGGCUCGGGCUAUUUGAACCUGCCGCCACGGCGCCCUUUCUAGACAGCUCGCCGGCAGACAUCGACACCCGCGCUCAUCGGCAACUGGCGCUCGCCGCCGCCGUCCAGAGCAUCGUGCUGCUCAAGAAUGCCGCCAAGACGCUGCCGUUAGAUCCAGAUGCGUUUGAAGCCACCACCAGGCUGGCAGUACUUGGACCCCAUGUCCAUGCCACCACCGCGCAACUGGGCAGCUACGCCGGAGUUCCCCCAUUUGUGGUGUCGCCCGUGGCCGGCGUCACAUCCCACGUGCCGUCGUCGUUCGUGGAUGUGCAUGCCGCCUGCACGGUCAGAGGGCAAAAUAUGGCGGAGGAAGCGAUCGCGAUUGCUGCCAACGCGGCUCAGGUCGUGCUGUUUGUCGGAUUGGACCAAAGCGUCGAAUUCGAAGGAGUGGACCGCGCGACAUUGGAAUGGCCGGGGCGGCAGCGCGAGUUGAUUGCACGCGUGGCGGCGGCGGCGGCACGCCCCGUCGUCCUCGUGAUUCUGGCAGGCGGACCUGUGGACCUUGAGGAGUUUGAAGCAGAUGCGAAGGUUGGCGCGAUCGUGUAUGCGGGGUACCUUGGGCAGAGCGGCGGCACGGCCAUAGCACAGGUGCUGUUUGGAGACGUGAACCCAUCGGGGAGACUCGCACACACGUUCUACCGCGCAUCGUUCACGUCCGAAGUGUCUAUCGCCGACAUGCACAUGCGGCCGCAUGCACAUUCGUUGGGUCGAACGUUUCGGUUUUACACCGGUGCCCCGGUGUACGGAUUUGGCCACGGGUUGUCGUACACUAUAUUCCGUUAUUCGAUUCUUGCCCAAGAAAUCGAAUAUGGAGAACACGUCCGAGGACGUGGCGUGCGGCUGAGCGCGACGGUAGAGAACGUCGGCGAGUUGGUGGGAGACGUCGUCCUGCUCUGCUUCGCCGUGCCGCCGGGAGCAGGCACGAAGGGCAGACCGUUGCAAACCCUUGCAGGGUUUGAGCGCGUGAACGACCUCCGACCGGGUGAUACACACGUUUGGACGCUCGACUUGGACUUUGACGUGGCCUUCACCCUCGUGGGCGAUGAUGGAACCAAAGAAAUUGUGCCGGGCACAUGGACAUUCCAUGUAGGCGAUGUGUCUGCGGCAGUGAAUGUCCAAGAUAUCGAUGACCCAGUUGCGCUAAAGACUAACGGCGCGAGGAAUCGAGUGUGGACGAGCAACCUUGGCCUCGGACACGAUGCCAUGACAUAAACGCGAUGCGCUAUCGUGACUUGAUGUUGCGAUGUGUUCGAUGUGGCAUAUCUUCAAACGUGCGAGUGUAUAAUGGACAAUGUCGAUGUCGUAGUAGCACGUGAUAUGGCAAUCAGUGAAGAUGGAACUUCAUGGAGUAGAGUAGCACGGUGCGG